CAGCAAGUUUGUUUCAACAUUUCCGGCUGAAGCUUUUAUAUUGGAAGGCAAGUUUUACUAAUGCGUUUCACUUUUAACUUGAAUGAGAAAAUAAAGGUAGCAAUGAAAACUGUGGAUCAGAGCAUUGUGGUGGUGAGAGCAGUUAAAAAUCACAAGACCAGCAUGAGAAAAGAAUGAAGUGUUGAGAUCCUAUUGGGUAGAGGAGGAAGACAAGUCCUCUGGUAAAGAGAAUGAAUUUCAGGAUUGCCUGUUAAGGCAGUCAUUGGUACGUGGAUACAGUGAAAAGCUUGGACACUGUGAAGCACCAGAUAAUUGUAACAACAUAUCGACAAAGAUGGAUACAGACAGUGAGGAAAAGAGACUCCGCACACGCUCUAAAGGAUCUCGGGUUCCAGUGGAGCCUAUGGCACAGGAGCUGAGUUUACAUAAUUGUUCUAUGGCCAAAAAGAGAAAGAUGCAAGAACAGAAAUUUGGAGCAUCGGUAAACAAGAGAAAAUCCCUGCUGAUGAAACCCCGUCACUAUACUCCAAGCAAGGACUGUGAAGAAGAAAGCAAAGCGGGUAAAGUCUGUGAUGAGAUUCUAACACGCUUAGAUGAAAUGGAAAACAACAGACACUUUUUAGAAAACAAAAUUCUGCAAUCAGCACAUGAAAAUCUCCAUAUGGACCUCCCAGAAAAAGAUACCAACAAUAACAGUGAUGAUUUUAACAGCUAUCAGGAGUUGGUAGCUAAAUCACUUCAGGAUCUGGGAAAAAUAGCAGAAGAUGCAGCAAUACAGAGAUCCACUGAAAAUAAUUUAAAUGACAGUGGGGUACAAUCAUUGGAGGGGGAAAGUGAUGCAGAUGAAAGUCAUGCAUCUAUAGUUUUCACUAAAGAUAAGUCGCAUGAAUGUGAGAAAGAAGUGAUAUUACAUUAUUCUCGUGGAGUAAAGAAUCAAAUGCUUUCUGAAGAUUUUUAUGAGAACAGUGAGCAACCCCAAGAUUUAAGAAAACCAUCUAACAUAAAACCCUUUGCAGCCCAAAAUUAUAACCUAGGCUGUAAAUCAACAGACAAAGAAAGAGGAAAGGAAAUUGAAAUGAUAGAAGUCAUCUCACAGGAGAUCGCCUACCAGAACAGUGUUAACAAUAUUGGAGAAGCACAAAAUUCAAAACUGGACAUUCCUGUCAAUAAAAUGGGGUCUCCAAAGACUGAUGAUGACUGCACAUCUCAGAUAUCUUCAACCACUGAAGGUACAGAAGAUUUUGACACAGGAAAGGGCAACCUAAGACUUCUGGAACAAGCUAUUGCUCUGCAGGCAGAGCAGGGAUAUAUCAUAAAGGGAACACACAAGAGAGAUGAAAGGAUCUUACUCGGCAAGCUCACUGCAGAGAGGCAACAUUGCAAAAUCAUUGACACGGGCAUCAGAAAGAAUUACUCUAGCAGAGAUUCUAUUAGAUCUGACAAAAAAGAAUCAAAGUGUCCAACUCCAGGCUGUGAUGGCAGUGGUCACAUUACUGGGCUGUAUCCUCAUCACCGGAGUAUUUCAGGCUGUCCUCACAAAAUGAGAGUUCCACCAGAUAUCCUUGCUAUGCAUGAGAAUGUGCUCAGGUGUCCAACCCCAGGCUGUACAGGAAGAGGGCAUGUGAAUAGCAAUCGUAAUUCCCACCGAAGUCUCUCUGGUUGCCCAAUUGCUGCAGCAGAGAAAUUGACUAAGUGCCAAGACAAGCAGAAUGAGCACUCAAGGGUUGGACAAAGCCCAGAACAAAUACUCAGGCCAAUUUGUCUGGUGAAACAAAUGGAGAUUUCUCAGUCUAGUUAUGGAUCCACACAACCCAUCAUCACAUCCCAUACUAACAUACCAAAGGAGCUGGACAAAUAUACUAAGGCUCCAUUUGAUUAUGCCAGCUUUGAUGCACAAGUAUUUGGAAAGCACACAUUAACAUCAAAAGUUCCAGAACGGGAAGCUGUUCAAUUUUCUGAAUCCAAACAUUUUUCAGGUCCAAUGACUUCUAAUCAACUAUCUAGUACCUCUGCACAAAGCCCAUGCCAGUCCAAUAUCUACAGUUACGGUCAUGACACUGAAACAACUCAUAUAGCAGCUGCGGCUAUCCUCAACCUAUCCACACGUUGCAGAGAGAUACCAGAGAACCUCUCCACAAAAGUACAAGAUUUGUCAACUAAGAACAUAGACAUAGAAGUGGAUGAAAAUGGAACCCUUGAUUUAAGCAUGAACAAGAAUAGGAACCGGGACAAAGUUGCCACUCUCAUCUCUGCAGCAAGUACACCGGAACCUCCCCUCUCUUACCUAAACAGUAUCUUGAUAACUCCUCAGUACUACCAAGCAUUGUGCAAGCAAGAAGGAUGGGACACACCCGUCAACUACACUAAAGCACAGAUACAUAACGAAGAAGAGAAAGAGAAAGAAGACAUCGGCCCAGAGGAAGGUAUGGAAGAAAGGAAAUACCCUGGUGAGGUUACUGUUGCAAGUUCACAGUCCAAAGUUCUGAACAAAGAUUCAAAGAAAGAGCUCAUAACUUGCCCAACCCCAGGAUGUGACGGUAGUGGCCAUGUUACUGGAAAUUAUGCAUCACACCGCAGUGUGUCUGGUUGUCCUUUGGCUGACAAGAGCCUUAAGAGUCUUAUGGCAGCCAGCUCCCAGGAAUUGAAGUGCCCAACACCUGGUUGUGAUGGCUCUGGUCAUGUGACUGGAAAUUAUGCUUCACACAGAAGCCUAUCCGGAUGCCCACGUGCAAAAAAAGGUGGAAUUAAACUGGCAUCCAGUAAGGAUGACAAAGAAGACCCAGAGUUGGUCAGGUGCCCAGUGAUAGGUUGUGAUGGGCAGGGUCACAUAUCUGGGAAGUACUCAUCACAUCGCAGUGCAUCAGGUUGCCCUUUAGCUGCAAAGAGACAAAAGGAAGCCUCUCUGAAUGGAUCCCAAUUCCCUUGGAAAUCUAGCAAAACAGAAGUUACAUCCUGCCCUACACCAGGCUGCGAUGGAUCUGGCCACAUUAAUGGCAGCUUUGUCACUCAUAGAAGUUUGUCAGGCUGUCCCCGAGCUUCCUUCGCACUGAAGAAAGGCAAACUGUCAGGUGAUGAAUUGAUGACCAUCAAGCUCAGGGCAAGUAGAGGAGCUGAAAAUGACGAGGAGAUCAAUCAUUUGGAUGAUGAGAUUAAGGAGCUGAAUGAAUCAAACUUAAAAAUGGAAGCAGAUAUGAUAAAGCUUCAAACACAGAUUACUUCCAUGGAGAGCAAUUUGAAAACAAUUGAGGAGGAGAAUAAACUAAUUGAGCAGCACAAUGAGAGUUUGUUAAAGGAGUUAGCUGGUCUGAGUCAGGCCCUUAUUAACAGCCUCGCUGACAUCCAACUCCCACAAAUGGAGCCAAUCAGCGAACAGAAUUUUGAUUUGUAUGUGAACACAUUGACUGACAUGUACAGCAGUUUGGAGAGGAAUUACACCCCAGAGAGCAAGGCCCUUCUGGAAAGCAUAAAACAAGCGGUAAAGGGUAUCCAGUCCAUGUAGGUCUGAUGCUGGGACAUUGACACUUUUAAAGCAAUUUGGAAGGGAUGAAGGCAUCUAGAUCACUGCACUGACUUCAGAUGCUUUCCUUUUUCACCAGUUUUUUAGAAAUAUAAUUUGAUGUAAAAAUGUGAUUGUUAUUUUAUAUAAAUUAUUAUUUAUUGUUUUUAAUUUAAGUUCCUUUUAGUUGUUUUAAUUAUGCAAAUCUUAUCAUAUUUGAAGAAAUUACUUUCUGGGAGAGGUUUAUAAAAUUAUUUCCAUAUGUAGGUUCUAGAAAAAAGUUGAGAACACUUUCUUUUAUAAGUGACUUCUAUUUGUGCUUGAAUGACAAAUAACUAAAAAAAAAUUGUCUUUUGUUAGUGUCAGAUUUUUUUUCAUUCUGGUCGUUUGUGUUCUGAUGCAUUUAUUUUCUUAUCACUGUUUUGCUAGAUAUAUGUAUAUAUUCGUUACUUUUUAUAUUGCAUUUUGUACAACCAACAAAGCAAUCAACUGUCAAAGGAUCACGCAAAAGACAAAGUGUAAUGUGAAACACUGCCCUCUAAUGGAAAUUUAAAGCAGUGCAUCUGUUUUGCAAAAUACUCAUUCUGAUAACAGUUCAUUACAGAUCCAAUCUGUAAAUCAGGGACUACUGUACAGUAACAGAGAAACAAAAAAACUAGAGAAAUCUCAACAAAUUGCUUAUACAAAAAUGUUUUUAUUGAUUUUUUUAAACUGUAAAAUGUCAGAUUUCUUGUACACUAUAUUACAUCAUAAUUUAGCUAAAACCUGCCUUUGUGUGUGAAUGGGUGUAGGUAUCACAUGCACACGCGAGCAUGUAUGUGUUCUUGUACCUGUGUGUGCUUGAAUGAGUCUAAGUGUGUACAUGUAUUUGUGUUUGAGACAGCAGCUAAUGACUAAAAGUGACUGAAAAUGUUUGCCUGUUAAGUUUGCAUAUUUGUUUGUUGCUAACGCACAGAAUGUAAUUUUUUAAUCAGUGGUGCUAGGUAAAAUGUUUGUUCUAAUGGCUAUGUUUUGUGCAUCUUUUUCCUUAAAUAUACUAAUUAAAGGGCUACUCUUGCGAUCUGACUGUUUUUUCAUACUCUAUACCAGGACUAUCCUCUUAUAUGUACUUUCUGUGGGUCGUAUCAUUAGAAUCUGAAUUAUUUUGUGUUCAGUGCAAAGAAAUUUGUGGCAUUUUUUGAAGAUGGUCACAUUAGUUCUUCAUUGGUUCUUCUCAAAGUCAUUACAUUUUCCAUGAGGGUUGAACCCCACCUAAUUUAAUAUAACUCCUUUAGUAUUAUUUAUUAUUAAUCAUGAAAUCAAACCUCUGAAAAUGUCCCAGAAGUAGCACUAAAAAUCUAUCUUUACAAUGGUAAUAACAAUCUCUUCAUUACAAUAAAAUAUUAUUAAAAGAGUUAUCAUUUCAUAUUUUCAGCACCAUGGUAUGAGAUAAAUAUAAUUUCACAGCUUGUCAUUUAUCUCCAUUAUUUUUAGUAUCCCAAACAGACAUUAGAUCUGUUGCAUGGUCGUUCUAGCACAUCCAGCUUGAAAAGGUUAUCACUAGAAAUGCCAUCACCGGCCGUACUGCUGAUUUUGAAGAUAAAUUAACCUGUUUAGCCUCUGCACCAUCUUCAGACACUUCUCUACAUUUUAAAGCCACGUGACUGGUGUAAAAAUUGCUCAAAUCUUUUCUGUCAACUGAAUUCUCUUUGGUGAAAAAUGUCAGUUACAUAUUAGAAUUAACUUAUUAAUAAAAUGGCACUAUUUAUGAUAGUAUUUGUAAUGGAACAGUCAUAACUUCACCAAAUUAGGAAGCUGUGCACAAACAAAUAAAAGAAGGCUGCAAAUGAGGACUGUCAGAGGUAACAUUAUGUUUGAGGCUUGGGGAUGAUGAGAAGAUAGCAAUAAUCAGGUAGGGAGAGAGGAAUGAAAAUUGACAGGUCAUGUUGGCGAUAUGGAAUGAACAUUAGUACUUGGGAUAGGGAACGCUUAUAUUUAUGACAAGGUGCAAGAGAGGUGGUGAUGAAUGCAGGAAAGCCAAAUGCUUCUGUUAAACACUGGGGAAAGUACUUCUACUAGUCUUGAUGCACAUGGGGUGUAGCCAAAGGUACCUUCUUAAACCAGCAGUUCCCAAAUGCCUUUUACUGCUGUGUUUCCCAAGCCCUGUAAAGAUGAGCUGGGAAUGUUAACUUUCAAUCAGGCUCCCAUUUUCAUGAUGGGAACCAGAUUUAAAUGCUUUACAGACGUCUUCCACGUUUCCGUAGUAGGGCACCAGCAUGUCUCAAAUAUAGUGCUGUGAGAAAGGCGACAUACAUGUACUCAAUAAGUCAGAGAUAAGUUUGUAGUUUUGUAGUCUUAGUUAAAGUUAAUAUUAAGGUCUACUAUUCUUAUCUAUUAGCUAUGUAUUACUAUAAAAUUAAUACCAGCGUUUAAACUUGAAGGGAGAUUUAUAACAGAUUAAACACUGGUAUUAGCAGUUGGUAAAGUAGAAAAUAUUGUUUAGGUGCAAUUUGUUUCAGCAUAAUAUAGGUACAAAUGAUUAUUUUCUGUUUCAGGGUGUUUUCUGCUACAAACCAGUUUUCCUUAGCAUUUUAUUCUGGGAACCUAAUAUAUUUUGUUUCAGAAUAUUGUCAUGGGUAGAGGGGGAAAUGGGAUGGAUUUAAGUUGGGAUUGUGUUUCCUCUCUUGAAAUGAGGUACCACGGUAUUGUUUGAUUUACUUCUUUUUUUUUUAAUCCCAUCCCUCAUUGAGGUGUUCCUGAUGUUUACAGAUCAUGGUGAUGUGUGGUGGUCCCAGGAUUGCUCAAACAUUAGGGUUUGGCUACAUAUAACACAACCUCUUUAUUUAAACAUGGAACUUUCAGCUGUAGAAGCUGUCUGUACAAUGGUGCCAAUGUCAGAAAUAGAUCUGAUGUAGAUACCGGCCUCUUAGGCUUGCGUCUGGAGUCCUAUUCCACCCCCAUUUACCGAGUAUUCAGUCAGGCAAGUCACCUCCAAUCAGGCAGGCCAGUUCCAGUUUUGUAGACCACCUCCAAUUGGAUGGCGUGGUUACCUUCUAUCAAAUGGGUCACCUCCAGUCAUGCAGGUCACUUCUUCCUUCCUGUUCUUGCACAAAAUAGGACUUUUCCCUGUCAGAGUGGCAAUCGAUGUCAUCCUGAUAGUUUCCUAUAAGAUAGAAGGCAAGUAGGUGCUACAAUCAGAAAUUCAUUUCAAAAACACAAUCAGCGGGCAGAGACCUACCUGACUGGAGUAGGCCAGUUAAAGAGGCAAAUCACUUCAAUUUUAGUUAACCACCUGGAAAAGAAAAUUUUGUGUGAUUUAUGUCAGGUCUGAAGGGGCAGUAGAAGACCUGAUAAAAAGGCUAGCAAACAACCAAACGCGACAUGUAACAGCUGAGUCUGCAGCUAAAAGUGACAAUGCUUGGAUGGUAGUAAACAUUUUUUCACCUCAGCUUUUAGAGGAUGAUGUCACAAACAAGGAGAAAUUGAAAUGAAGAAGGCUUCAAUAUACUGAUGAUCCCAGUAGAGAUGCUAGUGAUCACUGUCACGCUGGUGAUUGUGCACUCUGAAGGUGGUCCCUUCCCUGUGACAGGGACCUGGUGUUGAGUGAGUGCCAGAAUUCAACAGAUAACUACAGCUGUCAUCCUAAUAGGAGCAGACUAUGCAUAGAGUCUACAGGUGGAGGAUCCAGAAAGCCAAUAUCUUCACAGACUGCAUCUCUUCAUUGAGACAGUGAGCUCUCUUUGUGAAUUGGUUCUUGGAGAGAUCAGGCAAACUGCAUUGGUGGCCUGUCACUCUCAAGGUUUGUGCAGCCUGACCUUCUAUGCAUUGACAUCAUUCCAAUAAUUAGCUGGAAAUGUUUGUGGCAUAUCUCAAACUGCAGCUCAUCAUUCAAUAAAGGUAGUCACAGAGGAACAUCUUAACUACUGAUGAUAUUAAUGGAACGAGAAAGAAGCAGAGGUUUGAUGCAUGCUGCUGAAUUCCUGAAGACCAAACCAUGGAAUUCAGGAGCAUGCAUGUGUCCAUUAAAGCAGCAUCAGACUAGCCGAGAGCAUUUGUAAAUUGUAAAAUGUUUCCAUUUCAUCAGUGCCUAAGUUGUGCGUGACCAUUAACAAAGAAUCAGGCAGAUGUGUUCCUACUAUCCUUAGAGCUAUGGUGAUAGCCUGGGUGCUCUCGUUUGCCACAGAUAUUCUGUUCACUCAUUCCAUUAAAGGGGUGGAUUCAUGGAAACAAAGACAUACGUGCUGAAGAGAUGCAUACUGAGGCUGAAAUGCAGCACAAUGAGAUACUCGCAUCUACCAGGACAGACCCUUGGUUUGUUCAAAAAGAGGUAUCAAUGUGUCAUGUUCUCUGGUUUUUGCUUCAUGGCCUGUGUUGUAGACAGCAGUCCCUGGUAGAAUGUGAUCUAAUGAAGGAAGACACUUUCUCUGACAUUGAGUCUGAGGAGCAGCAGCAAGUCCUCAUUAAACCAUGAGGCUGUCCCAGUCUGAGCCCCACCAUGUGGCAUUUCAGCUACAAUAGGUAGUGAGGAUAGGAAAUAGAAAUAGCCUUUCAACCCCUGCGGAGAGGCAAGCAGAGUUAGAGAGUAGAAUACAGGUCUUUUCCUGAUCUUAUUACUGAGAUGGGGAAGAGGACAGGUGUGGUAUGAUAUUAUUUCCUCCCGAGAAGGGUCCUGAAUGAGAUACUACAGGCACAGUGAUCCCCAAAAUGAAAAAUACAUGAUGAUCCAACUGCUGCUCCAGUGCUAUAGUGGAUGCUGCUUCCUUCAAGCAGUGCUGUCAACAGAUGUGAAUUUCUUGUGAUAUUGACACCAACCCAAUGCUGACAUGCCUUUGCACGGGUGUCAGUGAUGAAAUUCUAGUUUGAAACCUAAUUCCACUCACACUGAUCAUGCCACCCCACAUAUCCAAUUGGGCACAGAGAUCUCCUUCCCAGGUCUAAUUGUCCAGACUGCUUGUUAAAUGACUGCUAAUUGGCUGGCCGACACUUAAUUUCCUGUGCUAAAUCUGCAAGGGUUUGGGAGCAAGGUCUGAUGGUCCGUCCCAAAUUUUUGAAGAAACAUAUUUGCCUCUUCAAGAGGGGCAAGGUCAGACAGUGCAAGUGGUUGAGUUGUUCUGGAUUGCUUGGAUGCCUCUGGUUAAAUUUGAAUUCAUCAGCACCUUUAUUUAGUCAAGAACUAUUUGCUUCGAUGUUAUAAAAUGUAAUUAACCCAUUUUUAAUUCAUUUGUAUAGAAUUAAGUUUUUACACAAUUUAAAAGAACAGUUUGAAUUGAGCAACUUUGUGCAAAAAGUGCUUGGGGUUCAAGCCCAUUUUAGACUUUACACCAUAUAGAAUUAACUUUUAAAGGGAAUGAAUUUUUUUUUCCAUUUGCAGCUACUAAUUUUUGUUAUUGAAACACUAUCCACAGUGCAGAUGAUGAACUUGUUUCAACUUGUCACGCAACAAAUGUGGUUUUCAUUUGCUCAAACUAACAACGGAGCAGAAACUGCACUGGCGCUGCAGUGACACUGUCAAGUUACUGAUUAACAGAACUUUCUGUUGAUGUGUUUUGCAUGAGAAUUUAGCCACUUUUUUAAAAUUUAUCAUUAGUCCUGUAUAUUUUCAAUUCUACAAAUAUUCACAGCACUGCACUCACUUUGCAAAAUUGCCACUUCCUGUCUAUUUCUGUUUGUUUUCAGCACUACUGCUUAUGCUCAGGUGCAAAUAACCACUAUUAGAUCUUAUCAAUGUACUGAUGCCUGGGAUGAUGUGAUUACUAAAAUAAAGCAACCCACAAAAAGUACAAACAGGAGCCGAUUCCUCCAGAAUAUCAAGGCAAAUCUGUAAUGCAGUGACGAUGUGUGCAUUGAAUUCUGUUUGGAAUACAACAUACGUAUAUGCCUUAAUAUUUGGGAGCAUUAGAUUCUGAAACAAUUUUAUCUAUAGUUUUGAGAAGAUUCCCCUUGAAAAUAUAUGCAAGAGCACAGAGCCCUGAUAAAAAGUACAGACCCGGAGCCCUAAUGGAUUGUUACUGCUGUCAUUAUGUAUCUGCUGAAUAUAUUGAGAAUCAUGGAACUAAUUGCUACCACACAUGAAAAUAAUUACAGUUUUAUAAAUACAAUAUUGUGGUAAUAUACAGAAUCUUAAAGUAAAGCACUGCUUUUAAAAAAAGUCUACGUUCAGUUUUAUAUAUAAAAUAUAAUUAUUUUGUAAUUGUCUACACUUUAGUGUAAUCAUUCAUAAUUAUUAUUUGUAAUUGCUUGAAGCUAAUUUAAAUGUGCCGUUCAAUGUUUUGGCUCAGGUAUCUCUGUGUAGUACAUUAAUAAUUAUUGUUUCCCAUUGGUUCACACUUGAUGUGUUUUGUAAUGUGCACUGAAUUGUUUGUUGUGUCAAACUGCAUUAAUAAUGCUAGACUUUAUUGUAAAAUUUGCAUUUUUCAGCCCUGAUGAUGUGUACAUUUUUAUGUUUGUGUAGGUUGUACAUUGAUGGCUGUUCAUGUAAUUGCUAUUUCUUACAAGGAAACAGAACAUGUGUUGUAUUCUAUACAGUUUUUUUGU